AUGACUCCACAUACUUCGGCAAUAAUCAUUUCAAUAUGCUCCGCUCUCAAACCCUCGAAGAAUCUCACCAUCGCCUUAAACGAGGUUCCGCGCCUCAGCGUUGAAGUUAAGCCCACGGAGGGAGACUUCACCCUCCCAGAAGUCCGUCGUAUCCUCAACUUUCUAUGGUUCGCCUCACCUCGCCUGAACGAGCUACAUGCGCCAUACUGUGGCCCAGGCUCACUGGUUGCUCCUGGUCUCGAGUUUGCGCGUAUGUUCAGCACCGAUAUACACGCCUUCCUUUCUGAUGCCGAAUGGCGCGGUGAGCCCACCGAAGCCUUCUUCACCCGUGGACUACCCACUGCUAACAAGGUCAAAAUGCUCGAACCACCAUCUAUCCGCGGAUUGGACAUUGAAAACGAAGCAAUUAUCCGUGUCAAUACCACCGAAAGCUUUAAUGACAUAAUGAAUGGCACCGAGAUCCACGUCAGGGAUUGGGAAGGUCGACCAGGCAUCUUCCCCGGCGCCUACGACUUUUCUAGGCUCCUCGACAGAGAUCCUACGAAGAGAACCAUAGGCUUCUCGCAGCACGCUGGCACAUUAGACUCCGCCGCCAUCGAGAACUGGAUCAAGGUUUGUCACGGUAUCGUCAACAUUUGCUUGAACGAGACUGAGGAUCGAGUAGAAGGUGUGCUUGGGAAGCUGAAGUUACCCAGAUCUGCGGUUGGCUUCUCUGGUUCCUACACAGCAACUCAGUUUCUUGAAGAUAUUAAUCUCCAUGAACAAGCAGCUUACUACGAACCUCUGGGCCGGACCCCGUUCGUUCCGGAACUCGACACCCACCGCCUUCGCAGACCCGCCAUCAAUUUCGAAGAAGAAGAAGACUUGUCCCCGUACACCUUUGGCAUUGAGCUCGAGUUCCUCGUUCCUUUCACCAACACCAAGUAUACUGGCAAAGGCAUCAAAGACCAGCGCUGGGUCUACGACCAUUUCACUCCAUAUGUCAUCCCAAACGAGCGCGGCCAGGCUCACGAUGAAUCGGCGAAACAUCUAGAAACCAUACUCUGCGACGCCGGCCACUUUAGCGCCACGUUCGACACCAUCUUUGAUCUUCAGGACAAGUUCGAGGGCAAGGUUUGUAUCGACGGAAUUCAAUCCGUCGCAGACGCCAUGGGCUGUCACCUUCACUUCUUCGAAGAUAUCCUCGCAGAGUUCCAGUGCUGGUACAUCGAGAGAGACCCAAGCCUUUCGGACUGGGCUUCCGGUGAAAAGGGGUACGCCGGACACAUCGGCAUAGAGAUGUCCAGUCCCAUCUUACGUGACUCGCCCAAAGAUUUUGGUAAGAUAGUCGACGUGUUGAGGAUCCUCCGCGGCGGGCUGAGACCGAUGCUGGACAUCAGCUGUGGCCUUCACGUUCACGUGGGUAGCGUUCGCGGCUUUUCACUGCACAGCUUGAAGCGUAUAGCAACGUUGAUCAUGAUUGUUGACCCGAUUCUCUAUACCCUUGUUCAUCCGUCGAGGCAGUGGAGUCCCAUGACGGAGCCUCUCCACCUAGAAGCGACUGUCGCAAAGGCGGAGGACUUGCCAGACUACACCGCAGCGUUUGAAUUCGAGGAUGCAUAUGACAAAUCGGAAAGCAACCCCCUCCAGGUAGUUAUGUCCAAGGUGCUCUUGGAUUUGGAGGCCAACGUCCCCAUGAAUGACUUGCCCCGGAAGCUGCGGGGUCAGCUGGCCAAGCUCUGGGCUACGGAUAGCCUCGCCAGCUUUCUGGGCCAGCUCGCUCCGUUUCGUGGGUGCAAGGGCGGUACCGCUUUCGGCGCGCUCAAGUGGGAUUUUACGAAGCCGAGCAAUGGCCCACGUGUAAAGGGAACCAUCGAGUUCAGAAUGCUUGAGGGUACGCUCGAUCCGGUGCUGAUUACGCACUGGACCAAGCUGCUUCUCAGGAUUGUGGAAAAGGGAGACGCCGCGACAACGAAGGAGUACUUUGCUAUGCUUUCUACCCUCGCCGAGGAGCGAGAAAAUGCCGACGAAAAGCUUGCUGCGUUGUUGGGUGCCCUUGGCCUUGAGAGGCACCUGUCGUUCUGGAGCAAGGUCAUGCAGAAGAAUCAAGCUAUGGACGUCGACCUGGAGGAAAACGAUUAUGGAAGGAAGAUCAUGCCCGAAGAUUGGGAGCUGCCCAUAUAUCGAGAGGCGGAAGGUAAUAGGCAGGAGUUCGAACGCGGUUGGUAUGAGCGAAACGUUGUCAGACUCCCAGAGCUUGACGAGGAUAUUUGGGACAGGAUCAUAGGUAUUCUUUGA